AUGUUCCUACUCCGAGCCCUCCGCAUCUCUAUCAACGCCCUCUUCGCCCCCUCCCUCCCCCUCUCCACCCGCCUUUACCUCCUCCUCCUGCAGCCCAUCUCCCUACUAACAUACACAAUCGAAUGGCUCCGCGCGCGCAGAUUCCCACAUAGCCACGAGAUCCGGAUCCCGCUGAAACGCGUCCCGGGCCACACCGUGCGCGCACUCGUUUACCUCCCCUCGCCCCAACCCCCUUCCCCACAGGAAACAGGAACAGGGAAGGCAAUAUUGAGGCCACUACACCUCAACAUCCACGGCGGCGCAUUCCUCGGCGGCUUACCCGAAGGAAACGCCCGGUUCUGCCGACAGCUGGCGCAGGAGGCAGGUGCUGUUGUUGUCUCCACGACCUAUCGGUAUGCACCCGUGCAUACCUUCCCCGAUGCACAUGAGGAUGUCCAGGAUGUUGCGGAGUACCUGGUGCACCAUGCAGUCGAGCUUUUCAACGCCGACCCAGCCUGUUUCACGGUGAGUGGGUUCUCUGCCGGCGGGAAUCUGGCGUUGGGUAUUUCGCAGGGGUGCAUGAACAUGGACGUUGCGGUUCGAGGGAGCGUGGUCUUUUAUGGGGUUGUCGACUUCCGCAUCCCACCCUGGGAUAAACCCAUACCCAAGGGAUUUCCCGAGAAAGACCCUCUCUCCUUUCUCCAGCCUCUAUUUGAUACGUACGCGGGCCCGAAUCGGGCGAGGGAUAUCAGCAAUCCGCUCCUUCAUCCCACCUUAGCGGAUAUCCGGACCCUACCGCAGAAUAUGCUAUUCAUUGUGGGAGAGAAAGACAUCUUGCAUGACGAAACAGUUACCAUGACGGAACGACUACAGUACGAGGCAGAAAGGGUCAAUCUGGAGAACGGGGUGGUUGAGCGUUCCCGUGGGAGCUGGAGUGAGGAACGGGAUACCGGUAAGUGUCCGGAUGGGAAGAAGGUCGUUGUGAGGACGGAGGUGUUUGCGGGGCAGAUCCAUGGGUGGUUGGAGAUGCCCUCUGCAGCGAUUGACGUUAAAACGCGGACAAAGGCAUUCGGGGAUGCAAUUGGUUUUCUGCGAGGGAUUCAUCGGGCGUAUGGGUUUAACAAGGAGUGA